CGGUGACACUUUAACGACGAAAAGCAAUGGCUGUGAUUCCCACUCUUACAUAGGAAAAGACUUUUUCUGCACAGUUCUUCCACACCAUGGUCUCCCACUUUGUUUUUCUCUGUUCCUGCACCUCUGCUUCUUCUAGAGCUAAGGUUUCAACUCCAAACAGGUACAUGGAGUGAGCUAAUUUGAAGAACCGACCGUUAUUCAAAGUCAAUUCGAAAGAAGAGGGGAUUGGAUUUGGGUAUUUGCAGAAGUAGAUGAUUAUGGAUCCUCGGUUGAGAGGGUUUUCAGGUUACAUGAAUGGAAUGGGAUUGGGAAACCAACCUAUAUCAGUUCUUCCAAAUCAGAAUCUUGUUGCAGGACACAGGUUCGAAAACAGCCUAAUUGAUCAUAACUUAAGGCCACAUUAUUAUUUUCCUUCUGAUCCUAAACCGAGCGAGAGAGAUUCAUAUUCGACUGUCAAUCAUGAGGAGGAUACUCCAGAAGAUUGCGAUUUUUCUGAUACAGUUUUGGGUUACAUAAGCCAGAUUCUUAUGGAAGAAGACAUGGAGGAGAAGACUUUUAUGUUUCCAGAUUCUUUAGAUCUUCAAGCUGCUGAGAAAUCAUUCUAUGAUGUGCUCGGCAAAAAGUACCCUCCUUCACCAGAGCCUCAUAAGCAGAUUUAUAUCCAUCAAAAUGGGAAGAGCCCAAACAAUAACUUGUGUGGAAGUUAUAGCAAUAGUCUUAGUAGGGGCAAUGAUGACAUGAGUAGCUGUUUAGUUGACAAUAAUUGGAUUAAGAAUAUGGGUGCUCAUAGUUCCUUUCAAGUGCAGACUCUUCCUGUUUCUUGCAUAUCCCAGUCGUCUUAUAGCUCUUCGAACAGUGUAAUUACUAGUGUGGAUGGGAUGAUGGAUUCUCCGAGCAGUGCUCUUUGGGUUCCUGAUCAGAAUACAGAGAGCCAAUCUAUAUGGCACUUCAAGAAGGGGGUUGAGGAGGCUAGUAAGUUUCUUCCAAUUGGUAAUGAGUUAUUUGUUAAGUUGGAUACGAAUGGGUCAUUAACUCAGGUUGCCAAGGGAGGGAUAAGUGAUGUGGCAUUAAAGAUUGAGAAAAGAGAUGAGGAAGAGUUUUCACCGAGUGGAUCGAGGGGAAGGAAGAAUCGUCACAGGGAUGAUAGUGAUUUAGAGGAGGUGAGGAGUAACAAGCAGGCUGCAGUUUAUACAGAAAGCACUCUACGAUCGGACAUGUUUGAUGAUGUGCUGCUUUGUACCAUGGGGAAAGGUCUAUCUGAUUGGUCUGCUCUUCGUGAUGCUCUCAAGGAAGGAGCUAGCAAAAUUUUACGGAAGAAUGACAAGCGGAUGGGAUCGACUGGUGGAAAGGUUCGUGGUAAGAAGCAAAGUCGGAAGAAGGAUGUGGUAGAUUUGAGAACUCUUCUGAUUCAUUGUGCACAAGCUGUUGCAGCAGAUGAUCAUAGGAGUGCAAAUGAUUUUCUCAGACUGAUUAGGCAGCAUUCUUCUCCAAUUGGCGAUGGAAAUCAGAGAUUGGCCAAUUGCUUUGCCAACGGCCUUGAGGCACGUCUGGCUGGUACUGGUAGCCAGAUCUACAAAGGCCUUGUUAAGAAGAGAACACCUACUGCUGAUAUCUUGAAAGCUUACCGGCUAUAUAUUGCUGCAUGCCCAUUCAGGAAGCUCUCUAACUUCACUGCAAACAAGACGAUAAUGAGCAUAGGAAAAAAUGCAAAGACACUACAUGUCAUUGAUUUUGGAAUCCUCUAUGGUUUUCAAUGGCCCACCCUUAUCCAACGACUCUCAUUGAGAGCUGAUGGACCUCCAAAAAUCCGGAUUACUGGGAUUGAUUUUCCUCAACCUGGUUUUCGCCCAGCAGAGCAAAAUGAGGAAACAGGACGUCGCUUAGCAGCUUAUGCUGAGCAUUUCAAAGUGCCAUUUGAGUACAAUGCCAUAGCAAAGAAAUGGGAAACCAUUCAAUUAGAGGAACUCAAGAUUGAGAAGGACGAGUUCCUUGUUGUUAAUUGUCUGCAUAGAUCUAAGAAUUUGCUUGAUGAAACUGUGGCUGUGGACAGUUCAAGAGAUAUAUUUCUCAAAAUUAUAAGGAAGAUUAAUCCUGCUAUUUUCAUUCAUGGUAUUAUUAAUGGUACCUACAAUGCACCCUUCUUUGUUACACGGUUCCGGGAAGCUCUAUUUCAUUUCUCUGCAAUGUUUGAUAUGCUUGAAACUAUUGUACCACGGGUAUAUCAAGAGAGGAUGUUGAUUGAGAAAGAGAUUUUCGGCAGGGAAGCUUUGAAUGUUAUAGCUUGUGAGGGCUGGGAGAGGGUGGAGAGGCCAGAAACAUACAAGCAGUGGCACGUCCGUCACUUGAGGGCAGGUUUUGUGCAGGUCCCUUUGGAGCGAGAGAUUGUGAACAGGGCAAUUAACAGAGUAAGGUCAAGUUACCACAAGGAUUUCGUGAUCGACGAAGAUAGCCGGUGGAUGUUGCAGGGAUGGAAGGGCCGCAUUGUGUAUGCCCUCUCUGCUUGGAAGCCUGCCUAAGGACUAAGGUACUUGAUCAUGUGUGAGGGCCAGCUUAUCAGCUUUCAGUUGCGGCCACUGGCUUUCUUAGGUGCAUUUACUUCAGUAAAGGGUAAACAAUUAUCGCGUACAAGACCCCCGCAGUGGGCAAGGUCAUAGACAGACUAGAUAUACAUAGACUUUACCACAUAAUAUAUGUUGAGAGGUUGUUUCUAGCAAUUAAAUAUCUAUACUUCUAGGUUAUACCCCUAUAACUCUAUCAUUAUGGUCUUCGUCAACAUGGUGGGGAAAUGAGAUUUUUGACUCCAAUGGUGGACUGAUCAUGAUCUGGGUACUAAUCAUUCAAUUGGUAAGUUUAGGGAUAAGGUGUCGUUGAAUGCACACUACUGUUUCAUACUGUCACUAUGUAAAAGAAAACGACGCCAAUUGACAAUGAGUAUCAAGAGUCCAUGUUUUCCCCCCUCGUGUUUUUCAAGUCCUUGGUUAUAGAAUUA